GGUUGUGGCAGGCAGUUGAGGGAGCAGAAAGCUGUGAGGAGAGCGAGACUCAGAGGGCGUGUUGGAGCAUGGCUGCGACACUGCAGUUCCUGGCCUGCCUCAUGGGAGCCAUUUGUCUCCAUGGGGUGACUGCGACCCAGCACCAUGCAGGGCAGCCCAUGGACAGCGCCGGCGUGGGAGGUGGCCUGCAGGAGCCAGAGGUCCCGGAAGUGAUGUUUGAGUUGCUCUGGGCUGGGCUGGAGCUGGAUGUCAUGGGGCAGCUGCACAUCCAGGAUGAGGAACUAGCGUCCACACAUCCAGGCCGCCGACUCAGACUCCUCCUGCAGCACCACGUGCCUAGUGACUUGGAGGGUGUUGAGCAGCGGCUACAACAGCUCCAGGACCUGCGGAAGGGGCCUCCUCUUAGCCCUCAGGACUUUGAACACCUGCUCCUCACAGGGCUGUCCUGUGUCUACCGGCUCCACGCGGCUAACGAGGCUGAGGAGAGGGGUCGUUGGACCCAGGUCUUCGCCCUCCUGGCACAGGAAACGCUCUGGGACCUGUGCAAGGGUUUCUGUCCCCAGGAGCAGCCCCCAGUGCUGGUACCCUGGGCCUCCAUCCUUGACCCCUUACCCUGA